UAACAUAACACCAUCUUUCAUUUCUUCUAUUUCUGUUUGCAGUUUAAAGAAAGCUGCUAGAAUAUAACAGAGAGGAGACAUGGCAACUCACAAGGUAUUGUACGAUUUUGCCGGUGAGGAGAAAAAAAUGCUAAAAGUGAAGGCAGGAGAGCUAGUCACAGUUACAAGCUCAGGGAAUAACUGGUCCACUGUUCAAAAAGGAUCCACUAGUGGUCUUGUUCCUGCUUCCUACCUUGAGGCCAUACUACCUGAAGAGAAGAGUACCCAUUCUAAAGGCAGUGUGUUUAUUGCAAUGUUUGAUUAUGUGGGACAGGCAGCCUAUCAGAUAGACAUCAAGAAAAAUGACAAGUUGAUAUUGAGGCAAGUGCACACUAAGGACUGGUAUACAAUGAAGAACAUGUCAACUGGUAGAGAAGGUAUGGUGCCUGCCUCUUAUGUCAAGCAAGAAGAGACGACCAACAAUAACGGGGUAGAACCACAAUCAGCAGAAGCCAUUAAAGAUGUUCUCUUGUCAAUAGAUCGUGCCAUUGAUAAGAUACAUGUUGAUGCUACUACUGCUGGAGGAUUUUACACAGCAGAACAAAGAUCAACUUUACAGACUCUGGUCGCUCAUAGACAGUCCGUGGUCAAUAGUUCUGAAUCAAAGGAGCGUACCAAAUCUCCCAACACCAUGGAAGCAAGUGUGUCCACUUUCUCCAGUCCCUCGCCCAUCCCCAUGGAAACCACCUCAUCUCCUGUUCCCAGAGAAAUGAGUUCGUCCCCAUCUCCAUCCCAUAAAAACAAACAUCGUCGUAAAGCCCCGCCCCCUCCACAGCCAACCGUCGAACCACUUGAUCUCGCCGGGGUCCAACUGAGAGAGAAGGAAGGAGGAGCUGGAGCAAACAGACCACAGAGUGAGUUAAUAAUUAACGUCAGUCGGCCGGCCCCUCCCCCUCCUACCAGGACUGUAUCGCUUAGCAAACACACACCAUCACCUUCUCACAUCGUUAAAGAGUCUGAAAAGAAAGAGGAGGAGGGGAAGAAGGAAGGAGGAGUCAUGGUAAUAGAUAUGGCAGCUCAGAAGGAAGAACUCAGAGAUAGUCGUGAGCAGUCGGUUGAAUGUGACGAUAAUUCCAGCCAGUCGAGUGACGGGGCCACAUUACCUGUUGGUGGCAUUAGCCCAAAGACUAAGCAAAGACUUACCUCUUAUCUCAAUCGCGUGGGUCAGCCUGGGAAUCAGUUAGAAACCCUCUCGGAGAGCGAGGGGUUUGGUAAGAAGCUCAACCUUCCAACUGAGUUCUCAAAUGAUACUGCACUGGAACUAAUUGAUGUUAUUAGGAACAGAACGGGUCUGAGUCAUCCAAAAUCUGCCCUUGCCCUUGAAGGGGUUCUGGGAUUUUUAGAGGAAAAGGUUCCUGAGAUUGCGCCUGUGAUGGACGGAUUACUGGCAUCUCUUCGUGCAUCUCAAGCAAAAGAGGAGGAUAACAGUCUCUCUGAGGAUAAUGAAGAUCUGAAGAGGUUGAAACAUAUUUUCUUUGAAAUGAGAGAAGCUAGAGAUGAUAGUCAACAGAGAGGGUGGGCCGUCCGUGAUGACAGUGAAAUCAUCAGUCAAUAUCUUGAAGAACUUCUGCAAAUAUUAUAUGAUGCUGAUCCUAUUGUAUCAAAGGCUGCUAUACAAGAAGAUAAAUAUGAGAACAUUCUAGUAUUAAUAAGUUACUAUCAGUUAGAGCCAAGAGUACAGUUAAGGAUACUGUUAUUGAAAGUGUUUGGUGCCUGUUGUACACUAGAUCAGGAGGUUGUGAGUGUAAUGCUUCAAUCAGUACUGCCCAAUGAACUAGGACAUGAUAUUCAAAUUAACACCAAUGAGACACAGAAGGUUUUAUUCUCCAGUAUAGUUUGUACAAUGAUGUUUUCAACAGCUGAGGAUGUUCCUCUACCAGUAUAUGAUCAAUGGAGUGCAGAGUUUGUCAAGUUUCUCCUGGACAAUAUAGAAGACCCUCCAGAGUCUGAUGUCAAUGAUGAGUUACCUGAUGCUUUCCUUAACAUGAUCCUUAGCUUCAAUCAACACUUUGAAUAUCCCUCGACUAACAUUGUUAUGCAGGUGCUGAAGGUGUUUGAUAAUCCAAGAUCAUUCAGUGAGAAGCUUAUGCUUCUUGUCAACAGAGGAGAGGAUCCAGUCUCCAUAGUGAAGCCUUGCUGUCCUGAUUCAUUAACUAAAAUACUGCUGGAUCUAUUUUCAGAUCCACUGACGUCUGGUGUGUUCUAUACAACAGACCUCAAGGUCCUCAUUGAUAUCAUUUCAAGGCAGCUCCACGACCUUGCACCUGGAGAUAAAUCUAGAUCCCAUUACAUUGAGUUGCUUCAGCGACUAAUAACUAACACGCAAUACACUGAUCAUCAUCACAGGCGCUCCGAUUUAACCUCCUGUCUUAAAAGGAUACUGAGAGAAGAGGGAGAGGAGAGUAUCCCAGAUCAGGGAGCCAUCAAGAAACUCUUAGAAACCUUCCCCGGCCUAUUUGAUGGUUCCUCAUAGCAGUGAUGAGAGAACUUAAUACAACUGAUAGGUUGUACUAUCAGAGAAUCAGUGAACCCUCUGAGUGUGUGUGACUGAUCGAUUGUGUGUGUGAUUUGAAAUAAUUUUAAUCAUAAUCAUUAAUUAUAAUGACAUGAUGUAAAUGUACAGUAUUUAAAGGCAUAUGUUUUUAAAUUAGCUUAAAACAA